CUCCAGCAAACCAUUUUUUGAGCUUCAAGUUUUACGUCUAGUCGAGAAGCUCAGUUCUUCAAUCCUUCACUUUUUAAGGUGACUAAUCAUUGUGUUUCUUUUUUCUUGUUUAGUUCAUUUCAUCAUAUAAGACUGGAAGUAAAUUUCUUCUAGAGCGAAAAAAGUGUCGUCUUCAAUGCAAGUUUUUCAAGAAAACUAGGCCAUCGAUAUAUGAUUCAUGUUCCAAGAAAUUUCUUUCCUGAGUGAGAUGAUUGUUCAGAUUUCAAGACACAAAAUCAUGAGCAGGGAAGGAGAUUGGAUGUGUUCUGCAUGCCAGCACCUAAAUUUCAAGAAACGAGAUGCAUGCCAACGAUGUAGCUGUCCUAAAUAUGCAACCUCGGCUGAUGUUGUCAUGUAUGGACUAAACAAAACAGAUGUCUUGGCUGGAGACUGGUAUUGCAGUGCCAUGAAUUGUGGUUCUCACAACUACGCGAGCAGAUCAAGCUGCUAUCGGUGUGGUUCCUUUAAAAGUGAUUAUUAUGGUAUUGGUGCCGGAAUGAUGGCACCAGCAGGUUAUGGAUAUGAUGCAAGUGCUCUUCCUGGUUGGAAGACAGGUGAUUGGAUUUGCAGCAGAUUUGGAUGUGGUAUGCACAACUAUGCCAGUAGAGCAGAAUGUUAUAAAUGCAAGAAACCUAGGGAUUUUGAUGAGCCAUCUGCCAUAUGAUUCUGGAGGUGACCUGAGAGAAAGUGAGUUAUAUUGAAGGCCGCGGAGAUAUGAAGUUUUUAUUUCUUUAGAUUAGUCUCUCAAAGAAGAGUUAAUUCCUAACUAACUGUGACAUUGUACAAGUGUUCUAAUGAAUGAAAUCCCAUCAGAUUUUGCAUUCUUUCUGUUUUUAAA